AUGAAAGGAUUGGCCUAUUACGCGUCGAAUGAAGAGGAUCCAUACAUCACUCUCAAUGAUGAGGAGGACGAAAGCGAAGAUUUACGAAUUCUCCCGACCGAUAAUAUUUUGAUAGCUGCCAAAACUGAAGAUGAUGUCUCACAAUUGGAAUUUUAUAUUUAUGAAGAAGCUGAUGAUAAUCUCUACAUACAUCAUGACAUGAUGUUACCAUCCUUUCCGCUAUGUUUGGAGUGGUUAGAUUUUAGGUUAGGUAGAAAAUCUGGAAUAGAGGGUAGUGGGAAUUAUAUUGCCGUGGGAACAUUUGAUCCAGAAAUUGAGAUUUGGGAUCUUGAUACGCUCGACUCAAUGUAUCCCGAUGCAAUAUUGGGUAAUCGAGAAGGAAUAAAGAAGAAAAAAAAGUCAAAAGUACCUAACGCUGAAUUCCAUACAGAUUCCGUCAUGUCUUUAUCAUGGAAUCGUCACCACAGGAAUCUAUUAGCGAGUUCAUCUGCCGACACCACCGUGAAGUUAUGGGACCUUCAAUCUUUAAAAUGCGCGCACUCUUUUACUCAUCACAAGGAUAAGGUUCAACAAGUUGAGUGGCAUCCAAUAGAGUCGACGAUUUUACUCACAGCUUCUUUUGAUAAGAGCGUUGCCGCAUUCGAUAGUCGCGCUCCCACGAGUGUUACAUUUUGGAAUCUCGGUAAUGCAGAUCCAGAGUGCAUUCGAUGGGAUCCAUUUUCACCACAAUACUUUUAUGUUAGCACAGAAGCUGGUUUGGUUUUAUAUUUUGAUGUGAGAAAUCCUGGUCAUGUCGCGCCAGUUUAUACUUUACACGCACAUGAUUCGGCCGUUUCAUCCUUUGAUGUAAGUCCUUCUAUUCAAGGAUGUAUAGUUACAGGAUCAACGGAUAAGUUAGUUAAGGUUUGGGACGUUAAAGACAUGAAACCGAAUAUGGUUACGAGUCGGGAUUUAGGAGUGGGUAAAGUUUUCUCCACACAAUUUUGUCCCGAUUCACCCUUUCAAAUUGCUGUGGCUGGUUCUGAAGGAAAAGUGUUUAUUUGGGAUUUGUCAAGCAAUGUUGGGAUACGUAAUUCAUUUAAAGGAAGGAAUAACGUUCCAUUUUUAAGCGAGUCGACCUCAAUAGAGAAACCUCCCAUCACAUUAGCAAAUGAUAGCGAACAUGAGGACGAUGACAAUGUAGAUGAUGAUAUGGAAGACCUCGAAGACGAUAGUGGGGAUGACGUAUGA